AUGCCAGCUUGCUUGUCGAACAGUUUGUCUUUGAAGCUGAUAGAUGUACGACAUAACCAACUGUCAGGAACCCUCUCAUAUCUUCCAGUUUUCAUGCAAUUAGGAGCACUUCUUCUAGGAGCAAAUCAGUUUAGAGGACAUCUUCCCAACCAAUUAUGCCAAAUGCAAAUGUUGCAGUUCUUAGAUUUCUCAAAAAAUAAAUUCUCAGGGAAUAUUCCUUCUUGCCUCAAUAACAAUUCAGUCUGGAGAAAGAAGUUCCAAGCAAACUCAUGGGUUCCAGUUGAUUUCACCACCAAGGGGAAUUCAUAUUCAUACCAAGGUAUCCCCCUUACUCUGAUGACUGGGAUUGAUUUUUCAGUUAAUAGAUUGGCUGGCGCCAUUCCAUACGAGAUUGGUGAAUUAUCAGAACUGCAUUCUUUGAACCUGUCACAAAACCUAUUAACAGGUCAUAUUCCAACAUCCUUCAAAAAUCUCACCAAUUUGGAGAGUAUGGAUCUCUCCCACAACAGCCUAACAGGACAGAUACCUCCUGAAAUUGUCCAGAUCAAUACUCUCUCAACUUUUUCUGUUGCCUUCAACAACCUCUCAGGAAGGAUCCCAUAUAAUGAACAUUUUUCAACAUUCUCUGAAAGUAGCUUCGAAGGCAACCAAAAACUCUGUGCAGAACAAUUACAAAGAAAAUGCUCAGGAAACAACAACGAAGACGGCGGAAGAAAAGAAAAUCCCAAUGAAAGAACAGAGGACAGCGUCCUUCAUAAUCACUUGUUGUUCUAUUCACUAGUGUUUAUAUCAUAUGCUGUCGGAUUCUGGAGUGUCAUUGCACCACUUUGCAUCAGUUCAAACUGGCGAAGAAAAUACUUUGCCACAGUAGACGGAUGGAUUGAAUAUCUUUCUGGCAAGUUAUGA